AUGGAAAACUCUACCGGUCCCUUCCGAGCAAAAGCAAACACUCUCUCACCCUUCUCGAUUCUUUCUCCGUUCAUUUGCGACCCCCAAAACAAGUACCAACCCCCAGAAGAAGGACCCCAAGGAAACCAAACCAAACCUCAGCUGCAGCAGCAUCACGAGAAUCACAUCCAAAAGAUCGUCGCACAUGACUCUCUGGCCAAACUCGACUUGACAGGCAUUGCAUUACUCCGUACGCCUAGGUCGCCAACGCCGUCCCAUGCCUCAUGUCAUGUCGGCUACCCGCCCCCCUCGAGUUCCCGUGCGCCCGUUCGGACGACUUGCACCUCGAGUCGUGAGAUUGGCGUCCUGGCGUCCACAAACUCAACGCCCGCCAACGCCACAUUGGCUCAAAAAGUUUGCCCGCCCAUCUGCUCUGCUCUAGUGUCCGUAGCUCCACGCCCGAUCUAUCUCCCCCCCAUUUCCUCCCUGGCUUUCCUGUCGAUCCAAGAAGCCCGAGCACACCCUCUAGACUCUUGUUCCCUACCAACUCCGUACGCUAAAACCCACUUCAUCAACAGACACACACGCACGCCCGUUUGGCCCCAACCUGUUGGUAACCCACUCCUCGAUCUGUUGUCUCGCUUUGAAGCUUGUUCUGAGUCGUGUUCCCCCCAUCUGCCGACAAGCACUCUGUUUGCCAUUUCCCACCGGUCUCAAAACUCACCCGUCCUCCCUUCCUUUAGGCUUCAGGCUUCAGGCUUCAGCUUGCCCUAUGACAGGUCAACAAUGGAGGCAACUACAGUCGAUGAGGCUGUGUCGUCUCUCAAAGAGUUAUACGCCGAGGGCACCGAGCAUUACACCCAAUGGAAGAGGAAACGCACACUUGGAAACCACUACUGUCGGAAAUCAUCAGAAUCCGGUAUUCGAAGGGAUGUCAUUACAUGCGCUUUGAGCAUCUCGUUGGAGCUUGCGAGGAAUCAGAUCGAGGAGACUUAUGACAUUGCGACUGUUCUUAUUGGAACCGACUUCUCUACCGGCGAUACACCAUGCCGGGAUAUGCUUUCCAACCAGCUGUUCAACCUCAGUAGUCGGGUUUCUCACCUACGCAGGGUCUCUUCUGACUCGAGCUUGACCGGCAUUCUCAACAUCUCAGAUAUCAUACAGACAUCCGAGUCUGUCAGAAUCGCCUCAGUCCAGGCCCUCGGUGCCUUGUAUCACCGUCUCGCCGCCGGACGCCCAGACAUCCCCGAGCACCUUCCCAUCUCAAAGCCCCGCUCGCGGCAUACGAGGCCCAUCUCGCAAUACUCGAGUAGCUCGUCAACCAACAACCACAGCAUCAUCUCUCAAGACGAAGAUGACGACGACGAAGAUGAAGAGGAGGAGGAAGACGACGACAUGUCGAUGACCAUGACCAUCAGCACCGACCAGGCACCCUUCCAAUCAGAACCGCCCUCGCCUCCACCAACACCGCCAACACCAAAAGCCAUCGCCAGCGACGCCGUCUCCAUCUUCGCGCCCUCGGAAGCAGACACGACCAGCACUACCGCCUCUGCCUUCCUCCGCCCCAAAGUCAGCGUCUUCAGCAUGUUCUGCCCAGAGGCCAUGACGCUCCAGGUCGACCUCUCCAAGCCGAUCCCCGACGCGCCGAAGCGGUGCAAGUGCGGGUACCGAUGGAACCCGCUGCUGCCCGGCAACAAGGACUACAUUGUUCUCAAGGACGGCUUCCGUAUGUCGAGCCGGUUCCUGGCCAAGUCGCACUCGGACAGGAACAUGUUUGCGUGCUGUUUAUGUGUGCCGACGGGGACGACGGAUAACUACGAGUCGGCGGACGCCUUGAGAGCGCAUAUUAAUUUGUAUCAUCGCAAGUGGCAGAUUUUGCAUGAUCGCGAUAUUCACUAG